CAAAACGCGAAUAAGUGAAGAAGACGACGAAGUAACACACCACACCACACCACACACCGUUUCUCCAUCGUCGUCGUCGUCCUCCUCCUCCUCAAACCCUCGAAACCCUCCUCGGCAAUGGCUCUGCGGCGCGAUUGGGUAUACGAGAACAAUGGCGGGACGUGCGUGGCGAUCGCGGGCGCCGACUACUGCGUGGUGGCGGCGGACAUGAGGCUCUCGGUCGGAUACAGCAUCCUCACCCGCGACCACUCCAAGAUCUGCGAACUUGCGGAUAAAUGUGUAUUGGCUUCCUCUGGCUUUCAAGGUGAUAUAAAAGCUUUACACAAGAACUUGGCAGCUAGACAUCUGAUCUAUCAGCAUCAGCACAACAAGCAAAUGAGCUGCCCUGCAAUGGCUCAACUGCUCUCCAAUACUCUUUAUUACAAGCGAUUCUUUCCCUAUUAUGCUUUCAACGUACUUGGUGGACUUGACAAUGAAGGAAAGGGCUGUGUGUUCACAUAUGAUGCUGUGGGAUCCUAUGAAAGGGUGGGAUAUAGUGCUCAAGGAACAGGAGCUACAUUAAUUAUGCCUGUUUUGGACAAUCAGCUCAAAUCCCCUAGUCCUCUCUUACUUCCUGCCAGGGAUGCUGUGACACCACUUUCAGAGUCUGAAGCCGUCGAUUUGGUUAAGGACGUUUUUGCAUCUGCUACUGAAAGGGAUAUUUACACGGGCGAUAAGCUAGAGAUAGUUGUCAUCAACGCUGCUGCUACACGGCGUGAAUACAUAGAGCUUAGGAAAGAUUAACUUGGUAUAUUAAUGGAGUUCGGAAUUGGUUUGGGAUUAAUGGUGCAUCCUUGUUUCCUUCAUGAUUUUCCCAGCAGCUUUAGUAACAUUAUCCGUUCAGAAACAAGAUUGUUGUGCUUGAAAUGCUGAUGGUUUUCUUCAAACCAACACCUUCAGAUUAUCAAUUACAUUAUGUCGAACAAAGGCUUUUUGAAGUUACGAAUUUGCCCAUGA